GAAGAAGUCGCACUACCUUUUUUUGUGCCACAACAGUAGCUAGGUACGGAGCUAGCUAAAAAAAUAAACCCAGAAAACUCUAGCUGUGGUCUUUCUUUAGGAAAGCAGCUUAGUAUAUUACUGUACAUACAGCGCCACGGAUAUAUAUUUAUAUCAUAUAAUGAUCUAGAAAAUGAUUUUAUAACCGAGGAAACCGAAUGCGGCAUCUGAGCAGUGCAGGCUAAUAACAUCGGCUAGCGUUAGCAUCAUUAGCAGGAAGAGGCCACACCGGCUCGCUUUAGCUUUGGUGAGGAUCAGGCGCACAGAUGGACGGAGAGGAGGAUUUUUCAGGGAAUCACUCAGAUGAUGGUAGUGGCACUCCAGUGCAGGACGAACACGCGAUGGCCUCCGACGCCGAAGACGAGAGAGCAGAAUCGCACCACUCUGAGGACGAGGGCAGUGACAGAGAAGGUCCUGCCUCCAGUCCAGCAGCUCCUGUGGACGAUAGCGAAUCAGAACACGAGGACCGAACAGGGGGAGGAGCCAACAGCGGUGAUGACGAUGGUGGUGGUGGUGGUGGUGGUGGUGGUGGUGACGAUGAUGAAGGCUCCCCUCGUAAGCAAAGAGGAAGCAUGUCAGACACUGAGGAUCAGCACAAAGAGCAGGACAGCGAAUCAGAAAACGAGGAGCUGCAGAAGGGGCGGAGCCAUGAUUCAGACUCGGACGAAUCAGGCGGAGAGAAGGUGAAACAGAGGGACUCGGACGGAGAGGAGCGCAGGAAAGAGGAUGGAGAGCGGAGGAAACAUGCGAUACAGUCUGACAGCGAGGAAGAGGAGGACAGGAAGCCUAAAGAUGAAGCAGGAAGUGAGCAGGAAGACGGGCGAGCUCGGCAGAUCCGCUCUGACAGUGACGACGAUGACGAGCAACCAGUGAAGAGGAAGAAAGCGAUUCUCUCCGACAGCGAGGACGAGGACGAACCAAAAGCAGUGAAGAAGAGGAGAGCCAUGUCAGAUAGUGAGGAAGGCUCGGAGGCUCCUGAUAAGACGGUCGCCGCUAAACUCAGAGAGCUUGGCUCAGACAGCGAGGAUGAGGAGGAGAGCAGGACGAAGAUGGACACGGGGAAAAAAGAUGAGAAGACGCUGUUUGGCAGCGACAGUGACUCAGACAACGAUGUGGAAGAGAAAAUGAUAGCGGACAUAUUUGGAGAGUCAGGUGAUGAGAAUGAAGAGGAGUUUACGGGCUUUAACCAGGAGGAGUUAGAGGGCCAGAAGCAGCAGUCUCAGGCUGCAGGACAGAAGGCAGAGAUGGACGACUCUGACUCGGAUGACGAUGUGGACAGAGGAAAAGAUAUGUCGUUCAUGUCUGAUUUUGAACUCAUGUUAGCGAAAAAGAAAGCUCAAAGCGGUAAGCGGAGACGGCAUCGAGACGGAGGAACCUUCAUCAGCGACGCCGACGAUGUCGUCAGUGCCAUGAUCACCAAGAUGAACGAAGCUGCUGAGGAGGAUCGGACACUGAACAGUCAGAAAAAGCCGGCUCUGAAAAAGCUGAUGCUCCUGCCCACCGUCGUCAUGCAUUUAAAAAAGCAGGAUCUGAAGGAGACGUUUAUAGACAGCGGUGUGAUGAUGGCGAUUAAAGAGUGGAUCAGUCCUCUUCCUGAUAAGAGUCUUCCGGCCUUGAAGAUCAGAGAGGAACUGCUGAAGAUCCUGCAGGAGUUACCCAGUGUGAGUCAGGAGACUCUGAAGAUGAGUGGAAUCGGCCGAGCCGUCAUGUUCCUCUACAAACACCCCAAAGAGUCGCGACCUAACAAAGACCUCGCUCUCAAACUCAUCAAUGAAUGGUCUCGGCCCAUCUUUGGCUUGUCGUCUAAUUAUAAAUGCAUGACGAGGGAGGAGAGGCAGCAGAGAGACCUCGAUCAGCAGAUUGCCCCCCGCCGGAGACUCAGAGAGCCUCAGACGGUUGCAAGGGAGGAGGAGCCUGAUGUCUUUGGGCCCCAACUCAGCUCAGGAGGUCAGACUCCUCGCAGAGAUCUGGAGAAAGUGUUAACUGGAGAGGAGAAAGCGUUGCGGCCUGGUGACCCUGGGUUCUGCGCGAGGGCGCGUGUUCCGAUGCCCUCCAAUAAAGACUACGUGGUGCGACCCAAGUGGAACGUGGAGACGGAUUCAAACCGGAGAGGCUGUAAGAAAGGCAUCAGUCUGCUGGAGAAACACAAGCGGCGUUUCCUGGAGCAGAGGAAGCAGCGGCGUGUUCAGGGAGCAGUGAGGAUCAGCGUGGAAGGAAACCACAUGCCCCUGUAGCUCAGCCCCGGGCCUGCAGGGGGCAGGUCCUGUGAGGAAGAGUUUAUCACGUGUAGAUAAACAGAUGCGACGCUUUGCUGAUAUCCGCCGCCUCACGAAGACGGGUCACGCGGUGAAGAUCAGCGUCGAAGGCAACCGCAUGCCUCUCUGAUUCCUCGUGCGCAUCACUUCCUGUAUGUUUUUGUUCGUUUGAUUUUUUUUUCUGUGAUGGAGUACGUGUGGAGGUCGACACUGCUGUAGGAGGAGGCGGUUGUAGCUACACGUCUGUAAUAUAGCUGUAAUAACGUGUGUAACGUGAGCCUAUGAUGUUCAGGUGUAACUUUCAUAAUAAAGACUUUCCAAACCUUUUGCUUUUA